GUUAAAAGCCAGUUGACGUAGGCUAGCUAGCGUUAGCUGUCAGUAACAGUCAUUGUGCAGGGAUGGAGGUGACACGCCAAAAUUUUAAAGACAGUUUAAACGCUGUUUACAGCGCGAUAGAGGAGGCGGACUUCCUUGCCAUCGAUGGAGAAUUUUCAGGGAUAAGCGACGGUCCUAAUGUCAGUGCACUCACCAACGGGCUGGACACUCCGGAGGAGCGAUACACGAAGCUUAAGAAGCACUCUAUGGACUUCCUGCUGUUCCAGUUUGGAAUAUGCACAUUCAAGUAUGACCAGACAAAGUCAAAGUAUAUCACAAAGCCUUUUAAUUUUUAUGUAUUCCCGAAACCGUUCAACAGGACGUCCCCCGACUUAAAGUUCAUCUGUCAAAGUUCCAGUAUUGACUUCCUGGCCAGUCAGGGAUUUGACUUCAACAAGGUGUUCCGUCAUGGAAUCCCGUACUUGAACCAAGAUGAGGAAGUCCAGCUGAGGGAGCAGACUGAGGAGAGGAGAAAUCAACAUGCUAACGGUGUAGGGACCCCGUCCUUCAUCUCCCCAUCCUCCAAAGGCCCCGCACACGUACCCGAGGAACACAAAGACUACAUCAACAGGGUGAUAGGGAAGGUUGAGACCCUCUUCACUAACUCAGAGAAGACUUUGGACUUGGAGCCAUGUACUGGGUUCCAGCGAAAGCUGAUUUACCAGACUCUGAACUGGAAGUUUCCCAAGGGGCUUCAUGUGGAAACUGUGGAAACAGAAAAGAAGGAGCGUUACAUCCAGGUCAUCAGAGUAGAUGAUGAGGAGAGGAAGUUGAGGGAACAGCAGAAACGGGAGAGGGAGCAGGAGGAGGUAAAUGAUGCUGUCGGCUUCUCCAGGGUCAUCCACGCCAUCUCUAAAUCUGGUAAACUUGUGGUUGGCCACAACAUGCUGCUGGAUGUGAUGCACACCAUCCACCAGUUCUACUGCCCUCUGCCAGAGGAUCUUCAAGACUUUAAAGAGGUCACCAUGUGUGUCUUCCCACGACUUCUGGACACAAAGUUGAUGGCUUCCACUCAGCCUUUUAAGGAGAUGAUCACGAACACGUCUCUGGCAGAGUUGGAGAAACAGGUGAAGGAGAGCCCCUUCAAGUCGCCACAAGUCGAAACGGCAGAGGGGUUCAACAGUUAUGACACGGCCCAGGAACAGCUGCACGAGGCCGGGUAUGAUGCCUACAUCACCGGCCUCUGUUUCAUCUCCAUGGCCAACUAUCUGGGCUCUUUCCUGACUCCACCCAAAGCGCACAUCUCUUCCUCCUCCAAACUAGUAGAGCCGUUCUUCAACAAGCUUUUCCUGAUGAGGAUAAUAGAUAUUCCCUACCUCAACAUCACAGGACCAGAUUUGCAACCUAAAAGAGACCACGUCCUGUAUGUCACCUUCCCCAAAGAAUGGAAGACGAGUGACCUCUACCAGCUCUUCAGUGCCUUUGGAAACAUCCAGGUUUCCUGGCUAGACGACACGUCGGCGUUUGUGUCCCUGAGUCAGACGGACCAGGUGCAGAUAGCUAUGAACACCAGCCGCUAUGCAGAGAGUUACAGGAUCCAGACGUAUGCAGAGUACAUCAAGGGCAAGCAGCAGCUGCAGGACAAGGAGAAAGUCGGCCACACGCCCAAAUCUUGGGGGGAGGACGACGGCUGGAUGAAACCUCACUACACCUCGGCUACCUUUGGAUAUCCCAAGGGUCUGAGGAAACGCUGCAUCAGUCCCGUUCAGGGGGAGCAGGGGGCCGUAGAUGCUCCGAUCACAGACGGCUGGAGUCACUACUCGUACCCAGAUAGCACCGGCAGCAAGAAGAUGAAAACUGAUGACAAAGGUGGACAGGCAAAUGCAGAGGCUAUCGAGAGCAAGACCUCAGAAGGAUGGCUAAAGACGGCAGAUGCAUCAGACUCGAUGGGGUCCAGUCCCGCCCCUGAUGAGGAGGGAAGUCCUGAAGGCAACGAUGCCGAGGGGACGGUCACCUGGCAACAAGCCCCUGCAGUCCGCGGGAGAAAAGGUCAAAAGAAACAGAAAAAGAAGCGCAAAGGGGCUGAAUCUACUCCGUCGCUGUUUGAGGUGCCAGAAGUGUGGUAGCGAACGGUGAGGCGUGGAGAGGCCGCUGUCCCACAAUGAGCUCCUGCUCAAGAGUCUCUUCCUCUGCACUUGGGGCGCUCUCUCUCUCUCUCUCUCUCUCUCUCCUGCAAGGUUGUAAAUCACUGGGAGUGACACGCCCUAAAUGAAUUAGUUCACCCUGCAGCUGUGGAUACCGUGUCCAAAGCUACCAGCCAAGACUGGACUCUUGACAGAGAACACAAGCCAUAACAGCUGCCAUAUUUUGAUCUUGUAUCAGAGGAGCAGGAAACUCUUCUGGGUAAAUGCGCGCACAUACACACUCUUCACUGGAAUCUUAAAAUCGAAUCUCCAGAAAUGUUCAUUUAUUCUCUGUGUUCAGACUGGAUUCUGCCACCACACUUUGAAAUCAUUUAUUAUUUUUAAUGGCACGGUCUCCUCCAAUCAGUCUUAUAUUUUGUGAGAGUUUGUGCAUGUGGGGGAGAUGUAUGUUCUCUCUUUGUAUCCCCGUGACUCCGUUUCAUAAACCGUGAGAUAAAAUGCUGCCCGACACGUCCUGUAGUUCAAUGUCUGGGUUAUUUAGGAUUUUAAUGGAGUCUAACAUUAUUUUUUUCCCAUUUUAAAAUAAGUUCUGUCAACUUAGACCAGUUUUAUCCAACAUAUAUAAGCUUAUCAAUGACGAUGUGAUGUUUAUAAUUGGUGGCGUUUUGAUCCUUCAUGAGAAGUUCUUUCUGUACAGUUGAGUUUCUUUACCUUUUUUGUGUUAACUGUUUUGUAACCGUGUCAACCUGCAACAAUGUCAACGUUUGUUCUAAUGCAAAAGGUGUAAAGUUUAAAAAGUACUUAAAAUAUUUCCUUGAAAAGGGAACAAAAAUUAAAGACUGUUUCUUAGUA